AUGCUCCUCCAAUCCCCCCCCCCUUCCAUCUUCAUCAACAUCUUCCCUUCCUUCUUCAGCAACGUCUUCCCUCCCAUCUUCAUCAACGUCCACUCUUCCGAUAUCGUCCUCUAUCAGCCAUCCAGACCACCCAGGCUCAUCGACCAUCGCUGCGACCCUUCCUACAACGGCGUCCGUCGCUACUUCUAUGUUCUCAAACGCCUCAUCAGUUUCUCAGGGUCUUCUGGCCCCCGCAGCUGUUGGGGAAAUGCGUCGGCUGUUAUCGCUGGCUCUAGCUCGCUUGGAACCUGCAGAAAUGGUGCCGCAGGGCUAUCUCGGUCCGAGGCCUUGUACAGUGCAAGUACUGGAAGCUCCCUCCAGAAGGAAAAGCGCAAGGGCACCAAAUACUUUUGUAUCUUAGCUUUGCGGCUGAUGUUCAGAUGGGACUCAGCUGCCGACUCGAGAGAGUGGGAAGAGGCGGCCAGGCAGUAUAACAACCCGAACCUCGAACUCAACCCCCAUCACUAUAUCACCCAUUACGGACAGCCUCCGGGUGAUGGGCCUCGACAUGGAAGCUAUCUAAGGGAGAAAUGUAGGAAAAUUGAAGGGACACUUAGAAGGAAGAUGGCGGAGGCGGUCGCAACUGGUAGAACCCUUUCACACUUUUGGGCCAUGCAGAUCAAAUGGAUCGCACCGGUGAAUUCAAGCAGGAAGCGGAUAACAGCAACCGGAUGCCCCGCCAAGGACAACAUAUGCCGCCGCUUACUGCUGAGAACGAGGUUAAUCCCCUACCCGACUGGGCCGCCUGUAGGCAAGGAUAACAACCCUUACCUGGAUAAGGUGGCACCAGAGAGGAAGGUGAAGAAGACGGAAAGGCGGAUGAACGGGUACAGAGUGAAGGUGAUGUUGAAUGAGGUGGUGGAGCGUGAGCGGAAUAUGACUGAGAGCGAGCGGCAGGGAAUGGAAAACUUAGAGCGACUUUAUCACGAAAAUCGCGUCCGCUUCGCAGCUCUGGCUUGGAAUGAGGAAUUACAGGAUUUUAUUUUGGACAAGAGGAGACUUGGUAGCAAGAAGGGAAGAGGUGUUGUAUGA